AACAAUGGCCCUCUUUCUGCAUAUGAUAAUCAAUCUCACCUUCUUCCUCCACGUUUAACCUAGCCGCACAGGAACCUCGUCACCGCCAUCAGUCGAGUCCGCUGCUCACCGUCCAUCGAUCUCCGGUCGCAGCCGUUCCGUCCACGCUCAUCGUAGUAGACAAAGCGUCUCCAUUCCAAUGGGGGCGUACAAGUACGUGUCAGAGCUAUGGAGGAAGAAACAGUCCGAUGUGAUGAGGUUUCUACAGAGGGUGAGAUGCUGGGAAUAUCGACAACAUCCAUCAAUUGUUCGUGUCAAUCAUCCCACUCGCCCAGAUAAAGCUCGACGUCUUGGUUACAAGGCCAAGCAGGGGUAUGUGGUUUACAGGGUCCGAGUGCGACGUGGUGGUAGGAAGAGGCCUGUUCCGAAGGGUAUUGUGUAUGGAAAACCAACCAACCAGGGUGUAACCCAGUUGAAGUUCCAGCGCAGCAAGCGAUCAGUUGCAGAAGAACGGGCGGGGCGAAAGUUAGGUGGUUUGAGAGUUGUUAAUUCAUACUGGAUUAACGAGGAUUCUACCUACAAAUACUAUGAGGUGAUUUUGGUUGAUGUUGCCCAUAAUGCGGUUCGCAAUGACCCGAGAAUCAACUGGAUCUGCAAUCCAGUCCACAAACACAGGGAGCUCAGAGGACUCACAUCAGCUGGUAAGAAGUACAGGGGUCUUCGAGGAAAAGGGCACUUGCACCACAAAGCCAGGCCUUCCCGCCGAGCAACCUGGAAGAGGAACAACACUCUCUCCCUGCGUCGAUAUCGAUGAUUUUGGUAUUACUUUUCUCUGUUUUGGUAUUUUUGCUAUGAGCAUUCUGUUCGUGGUUGGAGAAUGUAGUGGAAGUUACUUCAAUCCAAAAAGUUUUGAACUUCAUAAUUUACAUAGAGAAUUGUGAGGAUGUUUCCAAACUAAACUAAUUAGCAACUUCUGUCUUUAUUGAAAUCAAUUUGUCUUUUUUUCUCUCGA